UUCUGCGUGUCUACUGCAACUUGGGCUGAAACGCUGAAGACAUUGCAUUUCUGCCUUGACUUCUGGUCCUGGUUGGCUCGCAAUGACGGACGUUCGAUCGCUGCUCAAAGCAAAACGACAGGAAGUACGAGUCAAACACCCGCUAGUGUCAUACACUGCGAGCGGACAGCUACGAUGCAUUGCUUGUGGCAUUGUCAUCAAACAAGGGACGUCGUGGGAUGGACAUGUCGGUAGUAAGGCGCACCGUAUUAACGCAGUGCACCUGAAGGAGCAGCGGCAGCGGCAGGAGAUGGAGCGAGAGGAAGCCCUCCUUCGUCAGAAACGGAAGGCGGACGAAGAGCCAUCAGACGAAGAAAAUACUUCUGAGGACAGCAAAAGACGGAAGGUCGACGGUACUGACGAAGAAGAACGGAUUCCUUCGCCAUCCGGUGCAGCUCCAGUGGCAGAGACACGGUUUCCACAAGGCUUCUUCUCAGACCUCUCGCGGGCACCUCCGCCGUCCUCGUCUCAGGAAUCAGACGAUGAUGAGACGAUGUCCGCGCCUGCGACCGCAGCGCGAUCAGCUAUCGACGAAGAAUGGGAGAAAUUCCAGGCUGCAGUCAUCAACGCCCCCGAUGUGCGAGAGAUGUACGACCGUGCCACAGUCGUCGCAGAGCCCUUUGUUGCUAGCAACGUGCCGGAGGGCUUCCCGUCUUGGGGAGCGGCGCAGGAAGAUGGCACUGGUCCUGCUGAGCGAAGUGCAAUGCUGAACGAGGCAGAGCUAAGGCGAAGGAAGGAGCACGACGAGAGGGAGCUCAUCAUGGAUCGGCUGUUGGAGGAGGAGCGCGCGCAGGAGGAGGCGGACGCAAAGGUCACAAUGCUCAAGUCAAGGUUGGAUGCGCUGAAGAGACAGAGGCAAGCAGCGCGUGCGCAAAGCAAAAGCUAUGCUCAAAAGUAGCAUCCUGUGAACGGUAGAUGCAAAUGUCGUACAUUGAUAUGAAGCAAUCAUCCCGUCCAUUGACCUACGCCUUCGUGAUUG